AUGACGUCUACAAACCAUCGUGCCCGGUCUUCCACGUCAAAAUCAAAGACCAUCAAACCUCCCGGAUCCAAUACUACCAGGGUCUCUGUUGCUUGUGAUCGAUGCAGAAAGAAAAAGAUUCGUUGUUUUUACGAUGACGAUGAUAAGGACUACAAACCCGGAGAGACAAGACCGUGCGGUAAUUGUAAAGCCGUCGGUUUAGAAUGUAUAUUCACUGAUAAAUUGGCCCGAAAGGCUUUUCCGCGUGGCUAUACCGAAUCCUUAGAGGAAAGAGUUCGUGAACUUGAGUUUGAGAACAAGAAGAUGCAGAAGCUUCUCACCUUGAAGAAUGAAACAUCUGCCGAAUCUCCUUCCGCUCCUACUUCUCAGAGUCCAGAUGGAAUUGUUCAUAGUAGCUCAGAAGAACAUUCUUCUGCCACUACUCCUUCGACUCAUAAACUUCCGCUCAACGAUGAGAAUUUGACCAUGUUUAAUAAUCAGCAACAGAAAGGACGCGUGCAAAAUACUAUAGCUGAUCACGAAGUGUUGAGCUGUGGCCAUUUACAUGAUGAGGCAUGUAGUUGUGGAUAUGCUCAUUCAAUCCAUAAUAGGCCCGUGUCCAUUGCAGGUUCAGUGGACAUCGAUCGUGGUGAACUGAGUGAUGACGACAUUUCCUUAUACUCUGCGACUCCUUCUGAUCAAUACCCCCUUACCACCAGCGUCGAUGAUCUUCGUGAUCGCUAUGGAUAUAACUCAUUUGAACAGGCCAAUGCUCCAGGUGCUGCUGCUGCCAUUUCUCUUCAAAAUAAACUUCGCACCAAGAACUUUAUGAACUUGGCCAAUUUAAUUGCAGCAUCUAUUCCUCGAUCCACAGAGGAAACAUUAUUUAUACCGACAUUAUUGGCAAGAAUCGUCAGUGUGCAUGGAUUCAAUUCUAAGGCGCCUUAUCUCACGGCAAGAAGCAUUGCUUUGCUGAAGGAAAAACCAAACGAGGGGGGCAGAUAUAGUCAGUUUUCAUUCACUUUCAAAGGAAUCAAUUUUAAUGCUAUGAAACGGGAGGAGUCUAUUCAAUUCUUUCAAGAUUUGAAUUUACCCAAUUAUAUGAACCUAGAUUUAUGCAUCACAGUGUUCUUCGAUACCUGGAACAAGGUGAUACCUAUUCUGAGUAAAGAAAUUUUCAUGAGUAACUACAUGAGAUUCAGCAAGAGUCGAGAACAGAACUUUCAGGACGGUGAAAUGAUUGGAUUGGAGAAGUUUGGAGAAUUGUUGGUAAUAAUCACGGCAUUGGUGAUGCUUUCACAUGAACGUCACAAUUCUAGUCAAUCCAAACACCAAAAGAACGCAAGCAAUUCGGAGAUUCUUCAAUUUUACGACCAUAUGAUUAAGCAAUUUAUUGAAUCAAACUUGAGCUCUAUCUGCUCGAUCCCCUCUCUUCAGAUGGUCUCCAUCGAGCUUUUCUAUUGUUUGACUACCGGUGAUUUGAACACAAGUUAUGAGCUUCGCGGUAAGAUGGUAACAAUGUCUCAACAAUUACGGUUGCAGAGAUGUCCUGCUGCUGUUCUUGGAUACAACGGAUCCAGUGUUUCCAAGUUGCAGCAGGGUGAAAGACGUAUUUUAUUCUGGUGCAGUUACACAUUGGAUGCAUUCAGCGCCUUCAUAUUGGGCGUUCCAAGACUUUUCAAGGAUUAUGAGAUCGAGUGCGCUUUACCAUCCUCUAGUUCGUCCAAUAAAGAGAAGGACUCUGAUACUAAUAUGAUCACUUUCAACAACAGUCAACUUUCGUUGGUAGGCAAGGUUGGCGAUUCUGCAUUGAGUGUGAUGAGAUAUGCCAGAAUACUUGGUACAAUUGUGGAUACAGUUUUUAAAAGAAGCAGUAACAACCUGAAAAAGCCAAGCGCGGACGAAUCGUCGUGUCUAGUGCUGGAAGAGAUGCUAGACUCAUGGAGAAGGGAGAUGCCACCCACAAUUAGCUUUGACCGUCUGGACGUCGAUGGGAAAUUAAGUGAUUAUGAGAAAUUGAAUGAUACCCAGCUUACCCUAUUAUACCUAUACUACCAGGCAAAGGCAUUGAUAUAUAUGCCAUUGAUGGCUUCGGAGUCGAAAAGUACCUCGAAGAACUCACCUGCUUUUAUUAGUAUCCAGCAGGCCACCACUGCCAUUCUAACCAUUACGAAAGUUCUAAGUUCUCAGAAGCACAACUAUUAUUAUCUCCCUAUACCAAUGAAUGUACCACGACAGAAAGCCCGGUUUGCUCUAUUGGCAGCCAAAGGUGCUUUGGAGUAUACGAGAGGGGGUGCUUUAUUCCAAGAAUCCAAGAACUUAUUGAACGCUGUCACGGAUGACUUGAAGAACGAAAGCGACAUUAACAUGCUUGGAUGUCUCUCAAUGAACUGCUGCACGUGCUUAGAGCAUGCCAUCGAUGCCAUUUUGUCACAACCCAAACCUUCGGUGUCGCCUUCGCCACCACCUUCUACCGCACAUAUUAUCCAGGAUAGAAUAGAUCCUCAUAAAAAUGAUACCCGCCGUAAGGGAUCAUCACCCUUGAAGAAUGUGGCAAUAAUGCCGGAUGAAGGAAAUGCCGCGGUGAAACAGGAACAGGAUUCUACAUCAGCCCUUAAUGACAUCUUCUCUAAUAAGGCAGGUUAUCAGAUCCAGACUCUUCAACAACAAAUGAGGCAGCCUAUUCAAAGUCAACAGCAGAGAAGCCGAAGCGUUUCCUCGGGAAGCGGGUUUGCACAAGGCUAUACCGGUGCUGGUGCAACCCAAGCAUUGCAGGCUCCUAUUACGUGGAAUCCCGACAAUAUGGGAUCUUACAGGAAGGAACAAGAACAGCAGUUGAACGAGAGCUUGCAAAAUCUACAGGAUUCCAACGGAGAAAAUGUAAUAAAUAUGAUUCAUAUGAACCACUACCAGGAGGAUAAGAACAUGAAUGCUACAGUGCAACAAAUACCGCCAAAUAUGGAGACACAGCAUCAGUUACAGCAGCCUACUGUCCAACAAAUACACAAACAAAUGGUCUCGGAGCCUAUUAAAUCAUUUUCAGAUCUACUGAUGUUAAACGACUUUGGGGUUGACGCAUCCCUUGGUUUACCACUAAUGGAUUUUGAGCUUGAUGGGCCGAACAAAAAACCGAAAAUUGACGGAAACUCAUCACCAAGCAAUACUGUAAUUCAACCUAGAGAAAAUGGGACGAGUACAGGAGAUUAUAACUCGUACAAUAGCCUAUUCAAUUGGCACUAA